CCACUGCUUGUUUGAUUGUUGUCAACAGUAGGCUGACUAUGAGAGACACACACAUGCACACCCCAGUAGGAUGACGUAGUGGUCCAGGCAGCGGUCGCCUUCAGCCAGCCCACCCAUGCAAUGUUGCACUGUGAAAACACACCAUCCAGAAUCGCUACGUUUAAGAAAAGCCUAUGAAAGUGGGUAGUACACACGAGGAAGCUGGGCAGUAUUUCGGCUACGCAUGCAAAAUACAGAAUUGUCCGAUCGUUUUCCCCACCUCCUCACAGUCGUGAAUGCGGAGGUCGUCGCAGCAACGACUUGUAACGUUUUAUGGAGCCUCGCUGGGACGUCGGGGAGCAAGGAGUAGUCGGGAGAGAUACGUUCCGUGGCUUUAACAACGAUCUGGAAACAUUGGACUUAUUUAACGUGGAAUCGGGAGCUCGAAUUGGAGCAGGAGGAAAACAUGGCUACAAAUGGCAACAAUUUAGCAUCUGGGAUGGGAGAAAUAAUUCAGUUAAACGUCGGCGGGACCAGGUUCAGCACCUCCAGACAGACACUCAUGUGGAUCCCAGACAGCUUCUUCUCAAGUUUGCUGAGUGGGAGGAUCUCAACAUUGCGGGAUGGAACUGGAGCUAUAUUUAUCGACAGGGACCCCAGCGUUUUUGCACCCAUCUUGAAUUUUCUUCGAACCAAAGAGCUGGAUUUGCGGGGGGUAAACAUUCAUAUCCUCCGACAUGAAGCCGAAUUUUAUGGGAUUACUCCCUUAGUCCGUCGCCUGCUGCUAUGUGAGGAACUGGACCGCUCGUCAUGCGGCAGCGUUCUGUUCCAUGGUUACCUCCCACCCCCCGCCAUCCCCGCCCCCGCAGCCUCUGGCCUCGCCCCAGAGGAGCGCCCGGGCCCCAGUGGAGCCGAGGGCGGGUUCCCCCGGAGCCCCCCUCACCACUCCCUCCCUGGACCCCCCCACACAGAUACACCUAGCAGACUUGGUUCGGUUGUGGACCCCAGGAAGGUUCUGAUCAUAGCUGGACACCAUAACUGGAUUGUAGCAGCAUAUGCAUACUUCGUCAUCUGUUACAGGAUCAAGGAGUCUUCUGGAUGGCAGCAGGUGUUUACCAGCCCGUAUCUGGACUGGACCAUCGAACGCAUUGCGCUCAACGCCAAGGUGGUAGGCGGUCCCCAUGGCGACAAGGAUAAGAUGGUGGCUGCCGCCUCCGAGAGCAACAUCAUCCUCUGGAGCAUACAGGACGGGGGGAACGGCAACGAGAUCGGUGUGUUUAGUCUGGGUGUACCAGUGGACUCUCUCUUCUUCAUUGGUAACCAGCUGGUGGCCACCAGUCACACAGGGAAGGUGGGGGUCUGGAAUGCUGUCACACAGCACUGGCAGGUUCAGGAUGUAGUUCCUAUCACCAGCUGUGACACUGCAGGAUCCUUUCUGCUGCUCGGAUGCAACAAUGGCUCCAUCUACUACAUAGACAUGCAGAAAUUUCCUCUGAGGAUGAAGGAUAAUGACCUGCUGGUGACGGAGCUGUACCAUGACCCCUCCAACGACGCCAUCACCGCCCUCAGUGUCUACCUCACGCCCAAGACCAGUGAGCACACACGUGUCAGCGGUAACUGGAUAGAGAUCGCCUACGGGACCAGUUCUGGAGCGGUGCGUGUGAUCGUGCAGCACCCGGAGACGGUGGGGUCUGGGCCACAGCUCUUCCAGACCUUCACCGUGCACCGCAGCCCCGUCACCAAGAUCAUGCUGUCUGAGAAACACCUGGUGUCAGUGUGUGCUGACAACAACCACGUGCGGACAUGGACAGUGACUCGGUUCCGAGGCAUGAUCUCCACCCAGCCUGGCUCCACCCCCUUGGCCUCCUUCAAGAUUCUCUCUCUGGAGGAGACAGAGAGCCAUGGAAGCUACUCCUCUGGGAAUGACGUGGGGCCAUUUGGAGAGAGAGAUGAUCAGCAGGUGUUCAUCCAGAAAGUCAUCCCUAUCACCAACAAGCUGUUUGUACGCCUAUCCUCCACUGGAAAGAGGAUCUGUGAGGUGCAGUCGGUGGAUGGGACGACCAUCUCGUGUUUCACGGUGCGCGAGUGUGAGGGCUCCAGCAGGAUGGGGUCACGACCCCGUUGCUACCUGUUCACCGGUCAUGGCAACGGGAGCAUCCAGCUGUGGGACCUAACCACCGCCAUGGAUACGGCCAGCAGGGGGGAGGAGAGGAAGAAGGAUGUGGGUGGGCCUUCAGAGGAGGAGCUGCUGCAGCUCUUGGACCAGUGUGACCUCAGCACUUCCCGCUGUGCUACACCCAACAUUAGCCCCGCGCCCUCAGUGCUACAUCACACCCGCCUCCGAGAGUCCUGUUCCAGCCUCCAGCUCCAGGCCCAGGAGCCCAUCCUGGAGACGGCCACCUACGGAGCGCUGCGACCCUACAGAGAGAGCCCCCUGCUGGCCAGAGCCCGCCGCACAGAGUCCUUCCACAGUUACCGGGAUUUCCAGAGCUUCAGCCUGGGCAGGGGCCUGCUAGAGGGGCCCAGUCCGGGGCCAGGUCCGGCCCCGGACGCCCGCCGCUCGCUGUGUGAGUUUGGGGGAGAGGAGGCCGAGCGGAGGGGCUCUGUCAUGGAGCUCUGGGCCAGCCGGACGGCCUAUGCUGUCGCUGCCACAGUUACUCCUGCGGCCGCCGCUGCCACGGUUACUCCCGCCACCGUUGUCACCCCGGAGGGUGUUCCGGAAUCGCAGCGGCAACCCCCCGACAGUCCGGGUGACGUGCGGCAGAGGGUCCAGUCAGAGGAAGAAGGUGCGGGGUCAGGGGGGGAGUCGGGGGCAAAGAGGAAGGGGGUUCUGGAAGGGGGGGUGUUCUCGGGCAGAAAGAGAGCCCCCCCAGUUCCCCAUCUCUCCUCUCUCUCCUCGGUGGGUUCCGACGGGGGCGGCAGUGACUCCUCUACCAAUGCCUCCCCCUCGCCCACCAGGCUGGCGUCCACUUCCCCUCGACACAGGAGGUUUGCCACGGAGCCAGCCAAUCAGGACAGCAGCCUGUGAGUUAUUGAGGGAUGAUGGACAAAACUUUGACAAAUGGAGACUGAACGUGUCAAUACAGAGCCCCAUGUGCUGAAGCCUAUUGGUUGGAAAGAAAUUAUGCCUUUCCAGGAAGUGGACAUCUUAUAGAAACUUUGCAGCUAGAGGGAGUGUUUGAUUGGCUAAGGGGAGGUGUCAGCCUGGGGUCAGUGAGAUUUCAUGACAUUUUUGAUGCAACAAUCUUGUCCUUAUCAUUAAUAUGCAAAAACACUUUAGCAUGAUUUGCUUAUCUGUAACUGCAGCCUAGCUUUAUAUUGAACAGAACCGUAAUGGGAUUGACCGCAGGCCGUUCUACUUUAAAUAGUGACCUUUGACCCCAACAUGUGAUUAACCCUGUCAUAUCUCACCCUUGGCAGCUAGGUGAUGACAUCAGUUACGUUUGCUCUGAAGCAUGCAAGUCACACUGUACCUUACUUGUACAUGGAUAGCUACUGUAUGUAUCCACAGUAGUACAUGGUUGGUGACUGCAGGUAUUCUGUAGAUACACAGUAGCUCAUGUAGUUAAUGUGCACUGAAGGUAAAGUGUUACCUGCAUGUGUCUUGUGUGUAGCUUCUUCCUCUAGUCCACUGCUUUGUGAUCUAUACUGCAGGUUCAUCACAGUCACUUUGUCUUUCACUUUUCCGGACAAACAGACAGACGGGAAACAAUUUGUCUUUUCAAAAUUUCUGAUGUCUGCUUGUGGUCUUAAGAUACUUCCUGAGUGCCUUUUGUUCCAUUAUUCAUCCUGUUUAUCGGACCCAUCUAUCCCUCGCUGCUUUAAGUGAAAGAGGACCUAGAGAGAGAUAUAGGAGAUGGACAUGUCAGAGAGGGAAUGGGAGCAGGUGAGAGAAAAAUACAACUGAGAUUCUGAUUGGUGUUUUGUGUAGUAGCUGCUGUCGUGUUGACUUGUCCGCUUGAUAAGAUCCUCUGGUGCUCUCCUCCUUAACGUUCUGUACCAAGACCCACAGGACUGCCAAGGACUGGAGGAGGGGCCAGGCUGAGGGCUUUAACUGUACAAAGAUGUAUAUCGAACAUGCAACCUGAUUAUAUGUGGAAAAUAUACACAACAUAAUCAAUAACAGUAGGAUAUGACACUACCCAAGCAUAAAUCUGUGUUUAAUCUUUGACAUAUUACCGUUGUUUGCAACAUAUUUGUUUAUUUUGUUUGGUAGCAUAUUAUUAUACUGUUAAUAUCAAAAUACUCUUUGUACCCUAAUUUUGUUUGCACUGAACCAAUGAAGACUAAGACGGUGGAGUAACUAAGAUUUAUUUUGUAUAACAUAAUAAUAAUAAUGCUAUUUAACCACCAGGGACAUGAAACUGUAUCUGAUCCCCUGGAAAUGUUUACAAACUCACCUUCCAACCCAACACUAAUGACGAGGAAUAUAAAUACAAAAUAUAUAUAUAUAUAUAUCUAUUUAUGUUUAUGCUGUUAUAACAUUUUUUUUACAACACUCCUAUGUUCAAAAGAGUAUGAAUUAUGUUAAAACUGGCCUGUUUGAUUGAUAGUAGUGCACACACUAUAUGUUGGCUCUGAAUCAUCUGUUGUUUUUAAGCUUGUUAGACCGAUGUAAGGUUACAGUUAGGUGGAAGUUUGUCUCGUAUCAACUGUUACCUAUAUGAUUAAUAAUUAAUUGACAGUGGUUAAAUAGGUCAAUAACAUGAAUCAUUUAAAGCCUGGUAGCUGAUGUUUGUGUGUGUGUGUGCAUUUCUGUGUGUGUUUGUGUUCAUGAAUGAGAGGGGUGACCUCAACACACAUAAAGACAUACUUCCCAUCCAAGAAGUUGGUUUGGAACCCGGUGGUUCUCCUCUGAGAUGCCAUCUGAUUACCCAGUGAUUUAUGGUUUUAAUAAAACACACCCUCACAGACAGACAGACUGAGUCACGCUGUGUUACAUCUGCGUGUGUGAGAGAGAGCAGCCCAGGGCCAGCCUGUCUCUGACGCGCUGUCUUCUCCUCCUUUGUCCCACACCUCUGACAAUAGGUGUGAACGUGUUCGUACACGUCUGUGUGAGUGUGUGUGUGUGUGUGAGAACGUGACAAGCUGCAGCAGCAGUGUCCUUGCCACACCAAAGUGUCCUUGAGCGGGGGUGAUGUGUGAUACUGUAACUGCCCUUGUGUGUGUGUGCGUGUGUGUGUGUGUGUGUGCGCGUGUCCCUCGGAGGGAAUGUAAACAUGGCAGACUGCUGCUACACAGCAGUGACAUGCUGUCGCUUCAGGUCUGUCCCUCUGUGUGUGUGUGUGUGUGUGUGUGUGUGUUUGUGUUUUUUCAUCUCAUUUCACACCACGCUAAAAACACAAAAGGUUAAAACGUCACACUUUUUAAUGACCCCAAACUCGCCUUUUUUCUGCAUUGAUGAAAAACCAUAAAGACAUUGCAACUUUGACUGUACAGAAUACUACAUUGUGAGAGAAAGUAGCAGAGCGGAGGUCAGCUCUAUGAGUUUGUAUGGGAAAACAUAUUAAGACAAGUACUAUUUUAUAAGUUAUCAGACAGUAUGGUUUGCAAAAUAAAAAAUAUCCUUUUCACAUUCUCAUAAACAACAAUGAUAAAAAAACAAACCGUAAAUAAUACUUUUUCCUGAUUAAUACUGUCUCCGUAAGAAAAAAAAAGACAUUAUAUACAAUGUUGAAUGUACAAUGUGAUAUACAAUAUACAAUACUUAUUAGGACGUACUUCGACACAAUUCUAUCACGUAUUAAAAACCAGCAAACACUGACAACAGAUGCCGCGUUAGCUAUAGCUGAUAUACACCAUACAGAGUUAGCUAUAGCUGAUAUACACCAUACAGAGUUAGCUAUAGCUGAUAUACACCAUACAGAGUUAGCUAUAGCUGAUAUACACCAUACAGAGUUAGCUAUAGCUGAUAUACACCAUACAGAGUUAGCUAUAGCUGAUAUACACCAUACAGAGUUAGCUAUAGCUGAUAUACACCAUACAGAGUUAGCUAUAGCUGAUAUACACCAUACAGAGUUAGCUAUAGCUGAUAUACACCAUACAGAGUUAGCUAUAGCUGAUAUACACCAUACAGAGUUAGCUAUAGCUGAUAUACACCAUACAGAGUUAGCUAUAGCUGAUAUAC